AACACCGUCGAACAGGACACAACACAACAAGUCGCUAAGUAUUAUAAAAUACUGAACAUAUUGAUUUCAACAAUGUCACUUCGAAUAGAUGAUUAAUUGAAACAUCAGUCCAUGUCUCUGACUGAGAAUCACAGCUGACACCUUUAUCCAGAUGGCCUCAUUUAACGGCGAAGCAAUAAACCACCUGUUAGUAGAAGUGAGUCCAGACAUUCACAUCUGCGGCUUCUGCAAACAGCAGUACAACAACAUUAAACUCUUUCUUACGCACAAGCAAACUGGCUGCCAGAUACCUUCAAGUCAUAUAUCACCAAGAAAUGCUGGAGCCAAAGUCAAAAAGAGCCUCUCCAAAACCCAGAAGACCCCCUCCAAAAAGCUAAAACCUGCACUAACUCAAAAACGACACACAUGCACCUUCACAGGAUGUACAUUCAAAACCCAGCAUGGCCAAAAAGACAUGGAGAGACAUUUAUUAACGCACACAGGUGAGAGGCCGUUCGAGUGUGAACUCUGUCAUAAACGCUUCAGCCGUCGCGAUAAACUGAAUCUUCACAGCCGUUUGCACACGGGAGAGAAACCGCACAAGUGUAAGUACUGCUCAUAUGCGGCGGCCGACAGCAGUAGUUUGAAGAAGCAUCUUCGUGUCCACUAUGACGAGAGACCCUUUAAGUGUCAGAUAUGCCCGUAUGCCAGCCGCAAUUCCAGCCAGCUCACCGUUCACCUUCGAUCUCACACAGGUGAUGCCCCGUUCCAGUGUAAUCAGUGUGACGCCAAAUUCAAGGUCAACUCCGACUUGAAGCGCCAUAGUCGGGUCCACUCUGGUGAGAAGCCUUAUAAAUGCGACCUCUGUGAGUACCGCUGUGCCAUGAAGGCCAAUUUAAAACCACACAUCGAGCUUAAACACAGCGGCAUUGACUCCUUUCGCUGCUCUGAGUGUGAAUUCCAGUGUUCCACCAAAACCUCCCUACGACACCAUUCCCGUGAGCACCAGCCCCCCCAGCCACUACAGUGCAGUGAGUGCAGUUACUCCUGCUCCAGCAAGGGGGCGCUCAAGAUCCACAAACGGGUGCACUCGGAUGAGCGGCCCUUUAAAUGUGAACACUGUUCUUUUGCGAGCAAGCAGCCCAGUAAUUUGUUAAUUCACAGGAGGAAGUGUCACGCAGAUAAGCUGGACAGACAAAAAAGGUCAGGACGGGGCGGUGGGGUUGGGGAGGAGCCGCCUAAACGUGCAAGAUUAGAGGCAGCACGAGCAUUUCGUUGUGACUUGUGCGAGGCUUCGUUCGUAAGGGAAGAUUCUCUUCGCUGCCACAAGAGGCAGCAUAAUAGAGAUGCACAACAACAAAGUCUUAAUCGGGGGUGGACAGUGUCACAAACCGCUGCCAAACAGUCCGUGCAGGAAGUAGGACAAGCCAGCGUUGAAACCAACAUGUCUUCAGCCUACAGCAGAACACAUCUUAACAUCAUCGUAGUGCCAUCUAGUGGACCGGAGGAAACUUUUGUCCGAGCGUCAGUGGAUGUAGCCGCCGCAAAAGUUGGAACGGUUCUGCUAAGUCCCGAGGAUCACAACGUGCUUUUGAACCCCAUAAUACAGCAUGUCAGCAUGCUCGCACCUGGGCAGCACAUUGCUGCCUCAACACCAGGGAGCAGCCUUGAGCACCAGACGGUUUUACUCCCUGAAGAAAGCACCUUUCAGACAGUUGAAACUGCUGCUCAAACCAGUGGGGCUACUCAAAAAUUAAUCACUUCCUGCUCUGACUCGGCUUCAGAUGCCACCCACACCUUCAUCACUUCUUGUUCUGACCUUGAAAGCCUUCAUACACUCAUUCAGGAAGGAGGAACUGAAGUUACUGUGGUAACAGAAGCGAAUCCCUCGAUCGCCACCUCUAAAGAAACCCUGAACAUUGAUGGCACAUCUCAUGAUGUGUCUAAGCAAGCCUUACCUGAAGAUACUUUAGAUAUUGGUCCACCAGGGGUCGUUCUUGUUGAAAGUCUUCCCCUGACCAUUUCAACACAAGACCAACAAGUUAACAUAUACCAUCUUUCACCUCACCACAUAUUUUCAGACUCCAAUGCAGUUGACGAUUCAUAGUUACGCAAAUAAUAAAGGGAUAGUUCAAACAAAAACGAUAGUUUUCUCAACAUAGUAGUAACUAUGGCAGUUCCGAGUAUUUUGGCGGAAACAUGGUUUUACUAUAGAAAUAUUGUUUACAGUGAUUCUUUGUGUCUUUUUGGAGCUUGAAAGUUUUGUGUCUUGCAUUGUAGGGACAGAACCACCUCAUACAGUACAGUACAUCCUUCCAAAUAUUUUCAUUGGUGUUCCACAGGAGAAAGAAUGUCAUACAAGUUUGUUGGUUAAAGAUGCGAUUAUUGCCAUUUUUGGGUGAACUGUUCCUUUAACACAAUUUGACUUUGAUUUCAUUAUAUUUGUUCAAGUUGAAUAAUUUGUGUUUAUGUUGAAAGAGUCAACGUUGUUUUUUCUGUUUUUGAGAAGAAAUUAAAAGUUUCUUUCCUGUUGUUUUUAACUUCCACAGAAGUUUCAUAAGUUACGCAUCAAACCAAAUGAUGACCAUUCCGGUUUUAUCUUCCACCGGGGAUAUUGAAAUAAAUGUGUUCCCAUUUUCACUGAUUUGCUUUGAUCAUUUGUGUGAAGAUAUUGGUGGUAUUUGCUAAGGCAAGCAUUAUUGCUCAUACUGAGGGUUAAGGAUUCAUACUGAUUAGUAUUUAAGGAAUAGUUCUAUCCGAAAUGAAAAUACUGUCAUUAAGCACAAUUACAACAAAAUGAAGUCUGAAAUCAUCACUGUAUUCUCUGCUUUUGAUGUCAAAACGUGAACAGUCAUACGCACGGCACCCGCGCACAUUGAAUAACCUGAUAAGAAAGCCAGUAAUGUUGUUUACAUGCAACGGUUAAAUGGGGUAAUGGCCAAAAUUCUACCUUUGUCAAUCGGAUUAUGUUUAAUCGUUCAUCUAGUGAAAAUGCUCAUUUUUGAUAUCAGAAAUUUGGUUUUCACUAGUGUGAGUGCAGAUUACAGAUAUCUAUAACGUUAUUGAUAUUUAACGUUAUUGAUAUGUCGAAAGGGCAUGCAAUAAGAAUGGAGCUUUUUUUGUGUUUUUUUGGAGCCUGACAGCCCUGAUCUAUAUGCACUGAAAAUAAAUAUGACCUGUAUGAUUUACUUAAUUUUUACGUUUUUUCUAAGUAAAUUUGAAUGGUAGAAAAUUAGUAAGAUCUACUUAAUUUCAUGACAUAAUAAUGAUUAAAGUGAGUGAGUAAAGGUAACUACAUUUCAGUUAAUGCAGCAACUUUUAAAUACAAGUCUGAUGUACAUGGUACUUAAACUUAAGUGAACAAUUUAUUUGAAUGUUUCACAUUUUGAACGUUCUUUAUAAACACGUUUAAUCUUGUAUCACGUGGAAUAUGGAAGUCUUCCACCAGGACGCUUGAUGCAUAUCAUGUAGUCUAUUAGACGCCAUCACCUUGCAUUACUUGCGA